ACUCGACAAAACAGUCAACGGAAUGUUUUUGAUUUAAUUUCCGAGAAACAAUUGAAAUUGUACAACACACAUAGCUCUGAUGCUGAAACGGUUUCGUAUACCCAACGCAACUAGAACAUUGGAUUUUUGAUGAACAACUGUUGUGCACGUUUAGCCAUUUACUAGUUGCAGUUGUUAAUGUCGAUUUUAGUCUGUAUAUAAGCCUACAGACGGUAGCUGAUAAUUUAUAAUUGACGCCAGUUUCGUCUAAGCCGUGUACGAAUAAACGGGGAAUAUCGUGUGUAAUUUAAACAUAAAAGUUGACUAUAAGCUCGAAUUGAAAUCUAAAGUGCGCAGUGGGACUGUUUUUGUCAUUGGUUCAGUUUUGCUCGAACAAUCGGUUGAGAAUCAUCUGCAAAACUUUCCAAAACAAGCCGCUGCCAACCGGUCUGGAAACUGAUAUGAAUAAAUUGACAAAGGAAAACUAUUCAAGUCAACAAAAUUGUUGAAGCGACGUGAAUGCAGCAUUGAACUCGCACCAAACAUUAAAAAAUAAUUGAUAAAUAAAUUUAAGUGCAAAUACGUGCUGAUUAAUCUAAACAUACUUUAAAAACAAACACAACAAAAACACGCAGACAAUAAUUGGCCAAAAUGGUCGAAAAAGUGUCGACUACCUUGACCUUAAAACGCUUCAAAACUAUCCAAUGGAAGCGAAUUUUUCAUAUGUUCUACAUUGAACCGGUUGUUUUCUUGUUGCUAUUCUCGGUGACGUUGUCCAACACCAUACUAAGGAAUCAGAUUAUCUAUCAGACCUGCACGGUGAUCUUUAAUUACAAUGUCAGCGAUUGCAAAUUGCUGGAUGAUAAAAAUGCCAGUGCCGAAAUAAAGGCAAUCGAAACCGAACUGCAACCAUAUGUGGCAAAUCUAUUUCUAUCACGCACACUCCUCGAGAGCAUUGUGCCCGCAUUCUGUGGCCUCUUCAUUGGCGCCUGGUCGGAUCACUAUGGACGGAAGCCGUUGCUCAUCGUCUCAAUGAUUGGUUUCGCUGCAUCGUUUCUGGUAACGGCUGCCAUUUGUGAGCUGUCCACUUAUUAUGUGAUCAAUCCUUGGUGGUAUAUUGCGGCUGCUGUGCCUCAUUCCAUACUAGGAGGCAAUUGUGUAUUCUCUGUGGCGGCCCUUUGUUUUAUUUCGGACAUAACGGAUACCAAAUCACGGCCUUAUCGCAUGAUCUUCAUGGAGGCGCUGUUCCUUAUUGGUCUCACGAGUGGCUCUUUGUUGUCCAGUUUUGUUUAUGCCGCGACAAAUGCGGCGACUACCAUUGGCAUCUCCGGCUUCAUAACCACAAUGGGCACACUGUUCGUCAUCAUCUUUGUGCCGGAGAGUCUGUACAUACGGCAGGAGCAGGAGGCCAAGGCGGCGAGCGCUGACGCCGAUAAGGGUGAAAAGGAUAUCCCCAUAACGGACUGUGGUCUACGGCCGGCAUGCAUCUCCAUUGACUGCCCGCCCAUUUUCAUGAAUCCCGACGAUACGGAGUCGGAGCAUAAGAAUCCACCAUGCCAACAGUUGCCCACACCCCAGACACCGUCGAUGACCAUCGAAGAUGAUCUGCUGGCCAAGUAUGUGGAGCGACUGCAGCCCAAGUUGAAGGCCAAGGAGCCAGCUCAGUGCAAGCCAGCGACAGAUACUACCAAAAAAACUGGCCUGUUCAGCUUUUCACACAUCAGAGAUAUGGUUAACACCUGCACGAAGCCACGUGAGAAUCACGCGCGUGCAAUUAUUUGGCUUGUCACAAUGGCCAUGUGCCUCUCCAUAUUUGUUUUCGAUGGUGUCAUGACGGUCAUGUAUUUGUUUGCCCGGGAGAAGUUUCACUGGUCGGUGCGGGAUUACACAUUCUACGAGACGGUUAGCCAUCUGCUGCCCAUUGUGGGCGCGCUAAUUGGAUUUCUGAUACUGCGCAAGGUCUUUCGCUUGUCGGUGGUCACGCUGGCGCUGCUGGCGUUCUUCUCGGAAAUACUUAAGAAUCUCGCAACGGGUUUGUCAUCGCAGCCAUGGCACAUGUAUCUAUCCGUCGUGCUGGGCACAUUCCGUUCCAUUGGCGGUCCCAUGUGUCGCACCAUUGUCUCGAACAUAGUGCCAGCCUCAGAUUUGGGUAAAAUAUUCUCAAUUAAAAAUGUUUUACAAUCGUUUGCACCAUUCGUUGCCGCACCCCUCUACACUUUCAUCUACAAAAAAUCGCUGGGAUACUAUCCGGGUCUGUUCCACUUCGUCAGUUCGGCUCUGUAUCUGCUAUCAUUCAUAUUUAUUGGAUGCGUGCUACGCAUUAAGUUCAUGCACAAAACGUACUAUGCCAAGGUGUUAAAAUAGUAUCCUCGUUGGCAGUCCCAUUCGUGGCUUAGCUUAAUAUUUAUAACAAAUUGUUUGUAGUACUUGUGUGAUGCCCUAUUCUUAGUUAUUAUAUGUAUAUGUUACGAGUAAUAAAUGUAUAGAAAACAAUUUAUGUAGCUAUAAAAUGUACAAAACAUUUUCUUAGUAUAUUUACAGAUUUAAUAUGAUUGAUAUUUACAUUUUAUUGGUCUCAGCUUGUUAUCUGUUUUUGUCUUUGUUAUAACUAAUAAAUAUUCCAAUAAUCACGUGAAUAUGUGUUGGGUUCAUAAAUACGUGAUGCACAUUUAUAUUGUCGGUUCCUAAGAGCAGUUAAAAAUUGACGUAAUUCCAAA